AUGACCAACAAUGCCCCCUCCCAAGACUGCAUAAAUGGGCGGCCCAUCCACCCUUUUUUCACCUUGAGCCGACAUCAUCCCUCCGGGAUUAAACGCGCCCCAGAUAAUGCAUCGAUCCAGAACUGUGAUGCAUCGUUGCCCUCUGAUGCCGCAACCGGUAGUGACAAAACCAACAAUAACACAGAACAAUGUGCCCAGUCUGUAAAUGGACGUGGUCAGCGUCGCAAGGCAGACCGAGAUGCUGGGAACGAUGAGACACAAAAAAAGGCACCACCUCGGAAAAGAACGCGACAUUCUGCUGGGUCAAACAUCACAGCCCACUUAGUAAAGCUGCCCAAAGGCAGUGACAGCUCUGGCACUCGGGAGCAAGACGAUGGAGAUGACCAAGCCCUCGAAGACUUGGCACAAAAAGGGCAAGCCACCAACACUUUGGAAAAGCCAACCUGCUCCGGGACCAGCUUGGCUCAGCAAGAUGGCCAAGCAGCCCGCGAUGAUACUGUCGUUCAGAUUGACCCAGGUCAACUGGACUCAUCUGCUUGUGACACCAACGACAAGCAGACCAGUCGUUGCCAUUCAACGGGAGAUAAAACACCGGAGCUAGACCUUUGGAAAGUGCCCAAAGUUCCCAAUGAGAAUAUGGAGAAACCAAAGAUUCCCAGACUCAAUACAAAAACAGGCAUGCUUGGCUCUCCGCCUAAGCUUAAAGAGAUUCAAGCAGGGGAGGAGGAUGCUGAUGCACAGAGGAGCGUAGUAUUAAUGCAUGACCGAAAACCCCCAAUUAUGAUUGUGCGUAUCCCCUAUGGCAUUAGUCCUGAUUCUCGGGUCAGGAUUGGCGAAGCGAUCAACAGUAUCCUCGAUGGUCGGAAGAUUUAUCCUGACUUCAAGUCAAAACAGUCAGCAUCGGUUAAUAAAGAUAAUGCUGCUGAGGUUUCUGGAUUUUCAUCCUCCAAACCUGCUAAGGCAGUUCACCCCUUCUUUCUAGGGAGGACCAAGAAGCCCGCUCCAGUCCAGCAGCAACAAGAUUCCGAUCCGAGUACUUCGACAUCCUCGUUUACCAACAUACAAGCUCAACAUUACAGCUCGAUUCCAUGCUCAUCGAAGAGAUCGCGACCUAUACCGACCAUCAAGCAUCACAUGCCACAAUUUGGCGUCAACAGCAUGGGCAUCAAGUUCCCUGGGGCCAAGCCACCUUCUUGGCCAUGGAAAGGUAUGAUGCACAUACGAGGGGAAGAGCAUGAAACAGUCCGCACGAUCGACAUAACACGGUUACAUGCGCCCCGUAAAUCCAAGGGGAAUAUUGUCAGAAUACUUCCUGGAGAGUCUGUGGUCGAUAUCAUGUCCCAAUCGAUCAACAUCGCAGCCAUCACAAAGGCUGUUCGCAACAUCGAUACGGACAACUUCCCUCCUCCUCCCCCAGAACUUCGCCUUCCGAACAAGCAUUUCGAAAGCGGAAGCAAACUGCAGGCUCGUAUUCUGCCCGAGCUCAAAACUUUUAAAGCCUGCCCGGUGCAGUCAGUCCAGCAGAGCUUGCCUAGAAUGUGCAACGGGCUCAACGUUCGUCCUCCCCCACAGCUCGCUCGGCUCUUCCAUUCCAUCUCACUGGAGUUGUCUGCCUUUGAUAUGUCUCAAUGUGAAAGCCGGGACUGGGUUCAGAAAUAUGCUCCAGCCAACGCCGUGGAGAUUCUUCAGCCUGGACGGGAAGCAUUCCUUUUGAGAGACUGGCUGCAGGCCCUGAUGGUUCAGUCUGUGGACACCGGUUCGCCGGAUGCCGACAAAGGCAAAACCGGAUCCAAAACGAAAGGAACCGCCAACAAGAAGAAGCGGAAGAAAAAGCUAGAUGGCUUUAUCGUCUCUAGUGAUGAGGAAGAUCAAGACUUCUACGAGCCUUCAGAUGAAGACACGGACUGGACUCCUAGUGGGCAUCGAGGAAUCGUCAGACCAACUGUUGUCAAGCCUCUAUCUAACCGCAACCGUGGCAAAACUCCAAACACGCUAGUCAUCAGCGGUCCACACGGAUGUGGGAAGACAGCUGUCGUAUACGCCGUCGCCAAAGAACUGGGCUUCGAAGUUUUCGAAAUCAACUCAAGCAGCCGACGGAGCGGCAAGGAUGUCCUGGAAAAGAUAGGCGAUAUGACAAGGAAUCAUCACGUUCAACAGCACCAGGUCACAUCGAAGCCAGAUGACGAAAGCCCGGUUCCCCAAAACAAUGUGGAAGAGGACAUCAAAUCUGGCAAGCAGUCCACCAUGAAUGCCUUCUUCAAGCCAAAAUUGAAAGGGUCAGUGGCCAGGCAGGAAAAGCCUAGCACUCAGAACGUCAAAUUUGAACCCCCCAAGAAGGAACCCACGAAGAACCAGAGACAAUCUUUGAUUCUCCUCGAAGAGGUUGACAUCUUGUACGAGGAAGAUAAACAGUUCUGGGCAACAGUCAUCGGCCUGAUUGUGCAGUCUAAACGCCCCUUCGUCAUGACUUGCAAUGACGAAACUCUCGUUCCCUUGCAGUCUCUUCGGCUGUAUGGAAUCUUCAGAUUUAGCAUACCCCCAAGGGACCUUGCAGUUGAUCGCCUGCUUCUGAUCGCUGCAAAUGAGGGCCAUGCACUCACUCGCCGGGCCGUGGAGCAGCUAUAUGACUCUCGUGGUUGCGACCUUCGUGCUGCGACCAUGGAUUUGCAGUACUGGUGCCAGGUCGGUGUGGGUGACCGCAGAGGUGGCUUUGACUGGUUCGUUCCCCGCUGGCCCAAGGGUGUUGAUUUGGAUGAGAACAAUGAAAUCAUCAGGGUGGUUAGCGAAGGAACAUAUCAGUAUGGGAUGAACUUGCUCUGCCGAGAUCGUAUCGCCGAUUCUAAACUCUCCCCACAACUCGUGGAAGAGGAACUCCUGCAUCAAACAUCAGAGUCCUGGACCUUCGACUUGGGACAUUGGCAGGAUUCGGUGGGACUCGACGAUUGGGCAAUGGACAUGGCAUCCCACAUGGAAAAUGCAAGGGACCGGCAGCAUAUCCUUGAGGCAUCAUUUGCUGUGUUCAUGGAGGAAGCGAUUGACACCACUCAGCCAGAACCUUCUGCCAAAGCUCAAGACGACUGGAUCUUGGGGGUCACGCACCUCGACACGCCUUUUAUUACUCACUACAACUCUUUGGCAAUACCGAUCUCCUCUGCCAUGAAGUCUUUGGCACGAUCUUACCUGCACCAGCGCACAGUGACAAUGCAGCGCGACACCACACGAUUACUGCCCCUGAGUGAAGAGCAGGCCAUUCGGUGUCUGCAGAAGAGCUUCACCACACCUCCACUCAAUGCCCCGGUGAUUAAUCGCAUGGAUUUUGCAUUUGCAUUUGACCCAAUCGCUGCAAGCGAUUCUACGCAGCCGACCUCUUACCUUGAGCCCUCUGUCUUUGACCGAAACAUGGAGCUCAUCACCCUCGAUGUCGCGCCUUAUGUUCGAAGCAUUGUCGCUUACGAUGUCCGCCUGCAAAGACAGAGGUUGAAACAUAGUAACCUUGUAAGUGAGGGUGGCAGAGCAGGACCAAAGCGCAUGCGGACCACUAGGACAGCUCUCUCAGCACUAGAGGGGGGUUCAAGGAGCACUGUUCGGGGUGAGAAGUGGUUUAAAGCAGAUAUCAACCCUUACCUAGUUGCAAAGACCGCUGGUGCAGGAUGGAAUGGAUUUGACAAGGAGGAUCUGGCAACGUCAGAGGAGCAAGUCAAGAGUUCUUUUCAGAACUCUACCUACAACAUAUCGUCAGUGACAACCCCUAGCAAGGAAGAGAUGGUUGCAGGCAGGCCAAAGCGGCAAAAGGUUGUGGCAGUCGAGACCGAUGAUGACCUUGCUUGA